GCCAACAAUAAAAUAUACAAGCAACGAAUCCGCAUGGUUCAGGCGCCGCUUACUAACAAAAUCUUUAUUUUUUUCUGAUUACUCAUACUAUUGUAUUUUUCGACGAUCUCGUCCAUCACUAUAGUGGAUCUGUGGAGCUCCAGAAGCCGCGCUCGGCCUGGACAGGGGUGAAGGUGACUCGCCUGUUGGUGCGGGAGAUGCAGAGGAAGCGUCGCGGACACUCGCUCCGCUCCCUAAAAUCACUCUAAUCAUCGACAACCCGCAUCGACCUCACCCUCUCCUCUAGGACACACGGAUUAAAGACAUUUUCUAAGUGAAGGGGUUUUAUUCGUGGAUGCGUAUGCAUGUGUUCUGCACCGAACGGGCGAAAGAACCGCCCCAGAUCCGCAGCCAACAUUUUUCAGAUCGGCAAGUCCUCGGUGAGGGAUCCGGAGCGGCGGGAGAGCACCGAGAGCGCGCGGAGAGCUCAGCGGGCGAUGGAUGACUGUCGAACGACGGUUCAGGAGUUCAACACUCUUGUGGCUCUUCAUCGUGAGCAGGUCAUCUCCAUAGGAGAGAAUACAACCGACUGUCCUUCUUUAAGGGCACAGAUGCACAAGACUCGCGUCAAAGGAUGCGCCGUGGCCCAGGCUGCCUAUCAAAACCUCAUUGCAAUCUCUGGGCCAGAGGAUGGCGAAAUCCACCCAGAAAUAUGCAGGCUCUUCAUCCAGCUUCAGUGCUGUCUGGAGAUGUACAUUACAGAGAUGCUCAAGUCGCUGUGUCUGUUGGGUGUUCUGCAGCUCCAUAGGAAAGGAAAUGAUGUGUGUCCUGAACCAAACAUGGACUGCAGGGUAGACGAAAGCUCUGAUGUGCCCAUGCUGGAAGAUCGAUCUUCGUCACCGGUAGAUUUUCCACAGGAUUCCUGGGUGGUGUGCGCAGACAUUGAGAACAUAGAGAGUGACAUGCGAGAAAUGAGAAACCUUCUUAGCAAACUCAGGGAGACAAUGCCUUUGCCAUUGAAAAAUCAAGAUGACAGCAGUUUGCUGAAUCUGACUCCUUAUCCGCUGGUGAGGCAGAGGAAGAGGCGAUUCUCGGGGCUUUGCUGCCUUGUGUCUGCUCCAGAGCAACUGAUUCUUGAUCAUUUUCAUGUUUACCUUUAUUGCAAGAGAACACAGUUGUAUGUUAAUUGGUACUUUUGGAGGAGUCUGAAAUUCUCUAUCAGGUUCCAACAGGCCUUCUUCUCUAUGGAUUCUACUUGCAUUCUCCUCGUCCUGCUCUCCACCCUGGCUUCAUUAAGCCCCACUAUGGGUUGUUUCUGUGAUCAUUACCCAUGGAGUUCAUGGUCCCAAUGCACUAAAACCUGUGAUUCUGGUACUCAAACACGUUCAAGGGAUGUCAAGUAUGAUGAUCACUGGUUCAAAAACAGCUGUUCUCAGCUGUGUCAGAUACAUGAUAAAAGAGAGUGUAAUGUUGAGGCCUGUGCUAUACACUGCCAGCUGACUGAGUUUGGACCCUGGUCAGAGUGUUCAUCUUGUGCCAAAAAAUCAUUCAGAAUCAGGUCUGUGUUGAGGCCAUCUCAGUUUGGAGGAGCCGACUGCAGUCAAUCUCUUAUGGAGGAAAGAGCCUGUCAUCCUUCCAAGGAAUGCGGGAUUGAGCCUAUGGACUGUAAAGACAAGUUCACCUGUGGCACUGGAAGAUGUAUAAAUGCUGAUCUGCAGUGCAACAAUCAGAACGACUGUGGCGACAACUCCGAUGAGAGAGACUGUGGGCGGAUGAAAAGUGUGUGUUCAAAUCAACGGUUGUAUGCUUUCAUCCCUGGAGCAGACCUGAUUGGUUUUGGAUUUGAUGCUUCAGCAGAGCAGACGAGAGGUGCUGUUCUGGACAACUCCUUCAUGGGAAGUAAUUGCACUGUGGAAAAACAAAAGAGGAACUUCUACAGAAUCUCAGCCAACAUUGAAAGAUAUGAAGUCAAGGUCGAAACUCUUGAGGAUUUUCAACAAAAAGAAACCAAAUCCCAAAAAAUCAAUCUGGCCAAAGAACCCCUUCAGGGAGGCAGUGAAAGCAUCUCAACAAAAGGUGAAGGUUCUUAAACUAUGAUGUUUUUAUGCCCUGUUAAUGUGUUCACAUCUAAAACAAAGAUCUCCUCGCUUUUUUAUCAGGACUCUGUGUUUUACCGCGUGCAUCAAGUUAUCGCAACAUCAACAUUCAAAGUAAAAUCCUCCGACCUCUAUUUAUCAGAUCAGUUCCUACAGUUUCUAAACAGCCUACCAUUGGAAUACAACUACGCCCUUUACAGGCAUAUCUUCGAGCUGUUUGGAACACAUUAUUUCAGCUCUGGGACAUUAGGAGGAAAGUAUGACCUCCUUUUCCAAUAUGAUCGAGAAGAACUGAAAACCUUUGGACUUAAAGAAAGCGACUCAGAGUACUGCUUGUCUCAUGAUUCCACACUCGUCACAUUUUUUUAUAAUAGACAUUCACGAAGAAACACUUGUGGGAAUAUUUCUAUGAAAACCAAAUAUGAAGGGUCAAUGACAAAAGCAUCAGAGAGGUGUAUCACAUCUGUACAAGGAGGACGAGCAGAAUUUGCAGCAGCGCUGGCCUGGCAGAAGAAUGGCGUUUCGCCAGAUAGCACUGUAUACACAGACUGGAUCAAGUCUACUAUAGAAAAUCCAGUGGUUAUUAAUUUUGAGCUUUUGCCUUUAGUGAAUUUGGUGCGGGGCAUCUCUUGUGCUGUGACAAAGAGACAGCACUUUCACCGGGCACUGGAGGAGUACCAGACCGAAUUUGACUCCUGCAAAUGUGCCCCCUGUCCGAACAAUGCUCGGCCGGCUCUUUCUGGAACCGAGUGCAUUUGUAUCUGCCAGACCGGAACCUAUGGAUCAAACUGCGAGAAACGAGCCCCGGACUACACCUCAGUUGAAGUUGAUGGGCACUGGAGCUGCUGGAGCUCUUGGAGUCCUUGCGAUGCCACCUUAAAGAAGCAUCGCUCUCGUACCUGCAGCAACCCUGCACCAGAGCGAGGCGGCAAACCCUGCCCAGGCCUCGAGAAACAGGUGGAGGAAUGUACCAUCUCCAUUUUCCAGGAGCAAAACGUUUGCAUUAAUGAUGACGACUUUGUGACUGAAGAUUCCAGUGAGAGCCGGUUACCUCCUGGAGCUUCUGGCUGUGCAAAACCUCGUCCACCAGCCAACAGCCACUUAAGAAUCAACAAGCGUCAGUACAAUUACGGAGAUCACGAAGAGUUUAUUUGCUUCACUGGAUUUGAGUUGCAGGGAUACCAGCUCAUUCAUUGUUUGCAGGACGGUACCUGGGAGAAACCAAAGGGACAGUGUAUUAAAAGCGUUUGCUCCAAACCCACAGCGCCCGAUGGCAUGACGAUUAAUCCAGACAGAAUGGAGUAUAAAGUAGGAAGUGACAUCAUGCUGGUUUGUUUAGAGAGCGGCACGAGUCCUUCAGGACGCCUGUCUUACUCUUGUGGAAAAAGUCUUGUCUGGGAGCCGAGCAUUCCAAAGGACAUAUACUGCAAAAUAGAUAAACCCUAUGUACCAGACAGCAGCUGUAAACCUGGAGAGAUCAAUGAUGGGACUAAAUGUGUUUGCAUGACUAAAGAAAGAUGCAGAGGCUACAGAGAAGACGUGUGCGUUUAUGACUCUGGUAAGGAAACUGCCAGUAUGAUGUCCCUCUGUGCUUUUCAUGCUGACCGUUGUCAUGGAGACAGAUUAUACUUUAUGAAUAAUGGACCGUGCAAAAGUGACGCACGCAGUCUGGACUGGGCCAAAUUCAGGGCCAGUGUAUCUGAGCAGAGCUCAGUGCAGGAGCCCUGCGGUUCAGACACCUGUUACGAGUGGGAGACCUGCUCAGUGUCCAAAACAUGCGAGUGCAAGAUCCCCAGAGAAUGUCCAAAAGAAGGGAAGCAAAUAUACUGCCUGAAAAUCGUGAGAACGCAAACCACAAGAAGCAUGAACCUGUGCUUUAUGGCUGCAAUGAAGUGCAGCAGUAUAGAGUUUGAGCUUCAGCAUGAAGGCCCUUGCGCAGGUUCUUAAUUGUGCUCCACUUUAGCUGUAGAAAUGUUCACAGUUGAAAUGCUCACAGAUUUGCAGCCAUCAUUGAUUUAUAUUGAUAAUACAUUGUCAUCUUAAAAUCAAUCACAGCAUGCUAUACGGUUAUUUUUUUGUGCAUAUAGGCAAUUUUGUAUUGAUCUGGAACAGCACAAUAAAAUAUAAUCGGACAUUCG